AACGCAAAUAGCAUCAUAUUAACAUUUGAAUCGCCUCUUCAGACACUUCCUCAUCAGUUUCAACAUUAUUUCCACUAUGCUUCCUUUUAAACGGGACAUCGUGUUCAUCUUGCGCACAGUUCAGGUAUUUAAAUAAAACCUGCUUGCAGAAUCUUGAGGAAGGAGCUGAUAUUAACUGUUGUUUGAGAAGUGACCUUCGCAACUGUGUCUUUAGUGGCGGCCGUUUGCUGUCAGCUAGUGCUAGCUUUUCUAUGCCAGCUGUGCGCAUACUGUAUAGUGGGCAUAGCCCUCUCGCCAGGUCUGAACGCAACGAGCGCUCAGGUCACUCAGUCAGUGCAUGAUAAUACCCAUGGACAACAGAAUAUAUUGUUAACCUUUAUCGCGAGAAAUAAAAGUUCCUUAACAGAAGGCGCCCUUAGCCAUUUUCCUAAUAAAGCAAUACCCAGUAGAUAACUAUAAAACCUUUAUAGUUAAAAACGAUACAUGUUAAGUCACACUUGGCACAGAUCAUUCUACACAAAUGUCAAGGCAGACUGAACUGUCAUAUGCAAAUUAACAUUCUUUCUCCAUUUGAUCUUUUCUUUAAAAACAUCGACGCGUUCAUACAGUCGCUCUUCCGACGUAAACACAUACACACAUAUAUAUAUAUAUUUGAGACGCAGAUGCAGUUAAAAGAAAUGUCGCUAUUAGCAUUAAAUUGCCAGCGCGGAUCAGAUUGAUUUUACACAUGAGCGGUCAGAUACAGAAAAGAAAACUUUUAAGGGCUCUAUUUUGGUCGCGUAUUAAAUGGGGGCUUCGUGUUUUCAAACUGCUAUCUGCUAAUUUGAAAUGAAGACUACUGCCCCCGCGUAAAUCCCAGCUCAUGUCUUUUGGCUAACAGCGCAAGGAAAUGCUCAAGGGGUGCUCUGCUUUGACCUGUCCGGCGCAGCACGUUUCAGUCUCGGCCAGCGCUGCUUUCCAUAGGCUCGGGACUCGGCGAAUAUGCAAAUACACCCACUGCGCCCGCCAAGCGGAAGUGAGAGGCUGAAGGCACAGAGGGGCUGAGGGCCGCCUCGGCUCCGACCAAUGAGAGAGGAGGAGCCCCGUCCAAGUGCGCAGCUCCCCGUGACUCCUGCUAGCACCAGCGACGACAGCCAGAGAAAGAAAAGGCGCAGACCUGCCCAGUUCCAGAAACUCAGCCUCUUCUGGAUCGCGUUCAACUCAACAACCAAAAAACCUCUCCAAACUCUAACAGAAAGAGGAAGGAAGAUUAGGGGGAAAAAAAAAAAACAACGAAGUGCUCACUGCCUUGACUUUGACUUUGCCGCCUUUCUGCCAAGAAUUCUCUUCCGGUGUUGUUUUAAAAGCAUUUCUAGGUGGGAAAAAAAAGAAAAACAGAGAAAACACAUUAUUUGAACUUGAGAAAUGUGAAGGUGCCGGCUUCUGUUUCACCCAGAAUCCAGGAUCCCCGUUUAAUUCAUGCAAUACAGUGCAAUGGAUGAGUUUCACCCUUUCAUCGAGGCACUUCUUCCACAUGUCCGUGCGAUCGCCUACACGUGGUUCAACCUCCAAGCCCGAAAGCGCAAGUACUUCAAGAAGCACGAGAAGCGGAUGUCGAAGGAUGAGGAGCGCGCGGUCAAGGACGAACUGCUCGGCGAAAAGCCCGAGAUCAAGCAGAAGUGGGCGUCCAGGCUGCUGGCCAAGCUUCGCAAAGACAUCCGCCAAGAGUACCGGGAGGAUUUUGUGCUCAGUGUUACGGGGAAGAAACAUCCCUGCUGCGUGCUCUCCAACCCUGACCAGAAGGGAAAGAUCCGCAGGAUCGACUGCCUCAGGCAGGCCGACAAAGUCUGGCGCCUCGACCUGGUCAUGGUCAUCCUCUUCAAGGGCAUCCCUUUGGAAAGUACGGAUGGAGAGAGGCUCGUCAAAUCCCCACAUUGCACAAAUCCAGCACUUUGUGUCCAGCCACACCACAUAACAGUAUCGGUCAAGGAGCUGGACUUGUUUCUGGCUUACUAUGUCCAGGACCAAGACUCCCAGCAGUCAGGAAGUCCAAGUAACAAUGAGCCUGGCAAGAAUCCUCCAGGUUACCUCGAGGACAGUUUUAUAAAGUCAGGAGUCUUCAGUGUUUCGGAAUUAGUGCGAGUAUCCAGAACGCCGAUCACCCAGGGGACCGCAGUGAAUUUUUCAAUCGGAGAGCUCCAGGGUCAGCCAUACUAUCAUGACUUGAACUCCAGCGUGAGCCUCCACCGGUCGCUGUCCUCUCCUCCAGGCAGCAAACGGCCUAAGACUAUCUCCAUAGAGGACAGCAUGGAGACCAGCCCGUCUGGUGACUUCUACUCUUCCCCCAGCUCCCCUGCCAGCGGCAGCAGGACAUGGCACGAGAGAGACCAAGCAGAUAUGUCAUCUCCCACAAUGAAAAAGCCGGAGAAGCCAUUGUUUAGCCCCACAUCGCCCCAGGACUCUUCCUCCAGGUUGAGCACUUUCCCACAGCACCACCAUCCCGGACUCUCAGGGGUCGGACACAGUGUUAUUUCCACAAGGAGCCCACCUCCUCCGUCACCUUUGCAGUUUUCAGCGCCGGCUAUUCUUCCUCCUGCCCCUUCGACCUACUUUUCUCACCCCACUAUUCGAUACCCGCCUCACCUGAACCCCCAGGAUACGCUGAAGAACUAUGUACCGUCGUAUGACCCGUCCAGCCCACAGACAAGCCAGCCCAACAGCAGCGGCCAAGUGGUGGGGAAAGUGCCCGGUCACUUCACACCGGUGUUGGCACCGUCUCCGCACCAUGGUGCCGUGCGGCCCGUCACCCUGACUAUGCCAGACACUAAACCCAUCACUACAUCCACAGAAGGUGAGCCAGCUUCACCCACCACAGCCACCUACUCUGCCCCGGGUACUCCCACGCCAAACAGGUUUGUGGGACUGAGCUCCAGAGACCCGGCCUUCUUACACCAGCAACAGCUGAGGAUUUGUGACUGGACCAUGAAUCAAAACGGCAGGCAUUUAUACCCCAGUGCCAGUGAGGAUACUUUGGGAAUUACUUGGCAAAGUCCUGGUACCUGGGCGAGCUUAGUUCCAUUCCAAGUGUCGAACGGGACUCCGAUUCUGCCAACAAAUGUCCAGAACUACAGCAUAAACAUCAUUGGUGAACCCUUCCUUCAAGCAGAAACAAGCAACUGAAGGCAGACAAGAAAGGAAGUGAGGACUGACAGAACUGAGAAUUAAAGACAACAAACCAGCAAGCAGCACUUAUACAAUCUCCAGUGUCUCACUAGGGGGACGCUGGCCAAGAACAGUUAAGGGUUGGUUGAAGCAUUGUGAUGAGGCGAUAUUGCUCAUGCCAGACAGCCUUUGUGUAAGAAAUCCCCCAGUUAAAAACUGUGAUAUAUCCAAUACAAUUAUAGAUGCCUUAAUGUUUGCAUGAUAUGCUAGUUUUUUUUAUAUUUGAUUAUUUUUGGGAGCACUAGUCCUGGUUUACAAGCAGGUUAAAUGAUAAUCUGCGAAGGCUGGCUGGCAAAUUGCAGAACUGAAGCUCUUCAAGUGAAUUAUGAUGUCACGUAUAGAGGCUCAUGAAUCAAACCAUUUGCCACAUUUCCAUUGCAACAAAGUCGAAAGUGAAAUUAUUUUCUUCAAUAUGCCACAGUUCCGUUUUGUUUUAAUCUUUAUCUUAAACCUGUAAUCCUGUUGAUCCAGUGCUGAUAUUUAGUUUAAGGUAAAAGUAUGUACACUAAGAGUCUGAACUCUAAAGAAAUAUAUAAUUAAUUAAUAAAAAUUAAAACCUAUUUUAUUAGGUUAGGCAAAUUACCCCAUAUAAUGCAAAAUGAAUUAAGAUAUUUCCCUAAAAAAAGACAAAAAAAAUCUCUUGAGGCAAGUGCAAUUUAAAUUUUAUAACUGAAGGGAAACUAUAGAAGUCUAUCAGCCCUAAGACUCUAAAUUUGAGGGGAAUAAAAUUGUUUUUUGUAGUAAAAAAACUUACAAAAACAAUUUCGAGCUGUAUCCUCAAUUUUCAAGGGGAAAAUGGAUCAUGAAACGUCGACAAGUUUGUGCUUGACCAAGAGCGUGUGACAGAACAGAACUAAACAUGAACGAAACAGCACUUAUAUUUUAUUAAGCCGUAACCUCCCCUGGAGGCAGACUUUAUUUAUUAUGAGAAAACCGUAGAACAAGAGACACACAUUGUGUAUAAAUGGCUUACAAUUCCGUAUUUACAGAAAAAGAGCAGAUUCAUUUGGCUGUAAGCUUAUGAAGCUAUUGUUUACAAAACAAUAAAAAUAUGAAUGCAGGAUAAGUUUAAAAGAAAUAAAAUAUAUAUAUGUAUUGACUUCUGCGUUCAACACGACACUGUCCUUAGGGUGCUGAGCAGUUGCAUGGUGCUUUGUGAACCUGUAAUUCAACAGACCCCUUUGGUCACGAAAACUUGCAGUGUGCAUGGCAGUUACUUUGCCUUUGCAUCUCGGCACCAGAUAUAUAUUAACUACUCUUUCCAAUAAUCUUAAUUUGCACGAAGUUAUAUAGUCCACAUUACGUGCCUUGCCUUUGAAUAUAAAAGAGACAUCACUACACUUGUGUUUUGCUGCAUUUAUUACCAUUUUAAGAAUUAACAUUUUUAUGAAAAAAAAAUAUUUUGUACUCUGGAUGAAAUUGUGACAUCAUUGAUUUUUAACUACAUUUACUACUUUAUCUCACAUUUAUAAUGCAUAUCAUGGCUGUGUAUAGUUGCCGUUCUAAAGUUUAUAAUCAACCAGCAUUAUUUUUCAGUAUUUUUUGGUGUUUUUUCUAAUAACCUUUUGUUUUGUUUUUAUUUUCAUCUUCCAAUUACUAUUUGGGGGGUUCAGAUGUAUAAGAAUUAUGCAAUACCAAGUUUUGCCUAUGUAGGUAGUGCUUUUAGCUAUAUUGAUUAUUAUAAGCUAGUAUGGAGAUAGACAAUAUUGUAUACAUUUAUUUUGUUGUUUUUUUUUUAAUUGACCAAAGUGGGAACUGCUUUCUAUGCAGUGUGUGACAAGGUCUUUUUGUGUACUGAGAGAUGGAGAGGGGUGUCGUUUCUUUUUUAUUGUGGGGAAGUGGGGGGGAGGGAAUAUUUUUUUAAACUUUACAGCGUGGCUGUGAAGAAUGCACCCUUGGUCUAAUAUGGCUGCAAAGUCACUGAUCUGUCUACUGUGACAAACUGGUUUCUUCUUUUAACUUCCCACCUGGGGUGCUAGCAUGAUUCCUGGAAGAAGCUCAUUUUCAUAGGAGAGCAGGUGUGACUUGAGUCUGACAAUCAGCUGAGGAGUAUUUGGAAGGUAGAUGAAAUUGGAAUCAGCCAGCUGCAUGAAAAUGGCUUACAUGGAGAUCUAACGAGUGCACAGUUCAUGUAGAUUGCAAUUCAGGUCUUGUCAUGUUCAUGACCUCCGUGUCAGUGGAGGGCUGAAGUGAUCAUUACUACAUACGUUACAUUUAGAUCCAUUCUUUGCUCUCCAUUGCUGCUGCAUUUUGAAAACACUAAAAUAACCCUUUACCUAUAAGAUAGUAGGACCAUACUAUAAGUAGCUAUAUGCAAAAGACUUCCUUAGCAGAUGCCUUAAUGAACUAAGUGACUUUUUAGAAACGUGUUACAAUCACUGACACACAAUGAUGUAAGUAGUAAAUGUAAAAUCAUUUCUCAAUAAACCUUCAUUUAUGUAGUGUCCAUGCAACUUAUGAUAUCAGAACCCAUGUAAAAUAUUUCUAAAUAUACUAUUUCAGUUGUUUUUUAUACUUGCUAACAAAUCUGAUAUGCACUAAUUACAUCGUCUUUACCUGUAUAUUCCAGGGAAACCUCCUUUUGGAGCUAUAAUUACUUAAAAGUUUUUUUAAGAAGAAUGUUUGUGUACUUAUUUCUAACAUAUUAUCUAAUAAGGAGUGGGAAAAAAAUCAGAAUCUUGGUGAGUCAUCCUCGUGUCACGGGAAAUCUUCCAUAGCUCCCUAAAAAAGGACUACGUGCUUUAGAAGCAUGUACCGCACAUAGCAAAUCGUUGUCAUAGCAGUGUUCUGUGGACUUGCCGCCAAUUGGAAUCAUGAAUUUCUCAGGCAGAUUGUGUUACAGGGGCAUUAUGUACUGAGAUCUCUAAGCGAUCCGUGCACCGGAAACAGUAGAGUACAGCACCUUACUACCUAAUGUGAUGCAAGCGUGAACCUCCAUCUCUUCGACCUUUUUUGCACUCCUUGCCACCUCGCGAUUCCCUUCGUCACGGGAGGCGAGCCUGAAAGGUAACAGGUGAGACUGGUCUGCUCUGUCCGGCACUGGCACAUGUGCGGAAUUCAAGUCACGCUUCUUCUCUCCUCCUUCACCAAGAUGCUUAUUCUGACUCGAAACCAAGCCACCCCGUUCUAUGUGCACUGUUCUGACUUCUUUUAAACUUAAGUGCUUUGCAGCCUUUAGCCAUUGGCGAUGCCACUGAAGUGCAUUUCCCCUAGUGUGACAAGAAUGUUUAAGGCUUGUUUAGGGAAGCUAAUGCAGUGAAGGAGACUGUACAUAAAGGAACUCAUGGCAACGAUAAUAUAGCAAUAGUCCUUGGGGUAUUAUUUGCUUUGGCAGCUCUGUAAAAUGUGUAUGAAUGACUCUGAAGCUGCAUCAUUUGAGAAGAAUCAUGGGUCUUUCUAUUGAACCGCCUGCCUUGUAGACAGCAGUUUGUACACUGUAUUGUUUUGUUUUGUUUUUUGCCCAAUUUUGCAAAGGUAACUUUUGAAACAAUCUAAUGAAUAUGUGCUAUUUCCAAUUUUUGUUUUUUAGUUAAAAUGAACCAUACAUUUGUUUUAAUGGAAACUGGACUUGAGUUAAAACUCUCCAGUUUACCUUAAUUUAUAAAUAAAAAAUACUGUCCAUUUUUCAUUUGAUACGUAUUCCAGUACUUAAAGAGUAGAGGAUAUUAAUCCUUUACAGAAUUGUAAAUGGUGAAAGGUUACAUUUUAUGAAGGGUUUUAUUGUACUAAAUGUUGAUUAACUUGUUUUUUGGAAACAUUUCCUAAAUGUUGGAAGUAACACUGUCUUUUUGUUAGUGUGGCCAUAGAAAGCGUUUCUGUAAUUAAAAAUUAAACUACAAAAUAGCUGUUUUUAAUGUAAAGCUUACAGUACAUAAUGGACAGUAAGACUAGAAUUGCCACUUUGAUUAAAGACAUCAGUUAAGUGACUACAAUCUGUCAAUAACAUCCAAUGGAAAGCAAUUUUAGAAUUGACACAAGAUCUUGUUCAUCUGUGUGUAUAUGCGCACACAUUGUUGUUUGACACUAUGAAGGCUGCAGGAUAGGUUCCUGCCAUAAUGUGUACAGAAUUUAGUUUUGAAAAGUGUGAUUAAAGGGCAAUACAGUGUUGCUGGCAGUUAGGCCCUUAGUAUGAUACCAGAUUAUUUACUUGUUUUCAUCCUAGUCAUUUGUGAAAUAAAUGGUUUCAAAUCAAUUAUAUUAAAUGUCAAACUAUGCACCUAGAAAACAAUUGUGUUGGGUGCUCCCUGGUGUUUUUCUUUUACAAGGAGAAUUGUCAAACGUGCUGGCUAAUAAGGACAAUUUAACUAUAAUUAAGCCUAGUAUGUAUGUCUACUCCCUUUACAUUUUAUUCCUGUCAUUAUUGGUGGAGUUCAAAGAAAAGCUACAUUCAUGUAUGCACUUUCUGCUAGUUUCCCGUUUCUUGACCUGUGUGUAGAUGUGGUUGACAACUGGUACAUGUGUUGAGUACAUCAUAAUAACAUGGAUGAUACCCUAAAUUGCCCUCUAAUCUUCCAUUACAUUUUUCGAUCAUUGUUUUCCAAUGCCAUGGUAGCUCCUUGUACUGCUUCCUUGCCACAGCACACAAUGUUACAAGGGGGGAAAAGAUGAAAAUGGUCAAUUUUUACUUUUUUUUUUUGCAGUUUUACAUUUUUUUAUUUGUGUUUUUUUUUUCUAAGGGCUGAAUAGUUUCAAAUCUAUGGAAAUAAUGUACACAUAAGAAACAAUUUAACAGCUCCAAGAAUAAUUCAAAUUGCAUCAGUGACACUGGUGGGUCUCACUAGCAUAUGAUGACCACACAAUUCCAGCUGGACUAGGUGUGUCAUUCUGAUUAGGAUUGUCUCAGUUGAGAAACUUGAACCUUUCAGUGUGCAAGGACCAGUGGCACUAAUGCAAUUCAUUUUCCAGUGGAAAUCUUGGCUUUUUACUGAAUGUGUUGUAAAACUGUGCUACAGGGACUGAUAUGACAAAUGUAUUAGUAAACUGAUGAUCAAAUUUAAGAAAUAUGUUCUAUAUAAAUGUGUUUUGAUUUGGAGGGCAUUGAUAAUGGCAUGAACUGACAUCAGGUUGUGUAAACAAGAACGUAACAAAAAACCAGCAUAUGUAACGUUUACCAAAAAAACAUAAUCAAAAACAGAAAAGCAGUGCCUGUUCAAGCUCACAGUCUCAGUGGAGUUCAGUUGUAUAUAAAGUACUUCUUGAUAGAAAUUUUGUCAGAAAACUUCAAAAUCCAGAAUGUGUGGGGUGGCUCUUCCCUAGUCUGUUUUAUUUUUCUUUGAAGUUUGGAAUGUGUCUUCGACAGAGCGGUUGUUUGUGCUUCAUUCAUUUGAAUCUUCUAGUCAGCUGGGAUGGAGUCCCCCUGUCUCUUGAUAUUUCUCUGAGGAAAAAAAAAAUGUAAAAAGAAAAAAAAAAUUUCGUAGGGCAGUGUGUUUCUUUAGAUUCUCAAUGCUACAUUUAGUACAACAGUAGGUGACAAGUAGUCAGUUUAAAAAAUGCUUGCUAGCUACACAGCAGGGUGAUCCAUUUUGGGUCUUGUGGCACUUUUACAUCCUUUGCUAUAACAUUUUAAAUUCCUGCAGUAAACAACAACAAACAGGGCUCUAGGAAGUACAGGUGUCUUCACAGUUCCUGUGUUGCUAUCUGAAUGUCAAUUAUUUUAGAUGUUAGAAGCCUUUUGGUGUUACAAUUGUCUGCAGUCCAAGAGACCUAGGUCUCAGAAUGAGAGCCUGAUUUUCUCUUCCAUUUUUUUUAACUUUGUCCUUUUGGCUAAGCAGUGAGCACUGCCUUUAAACUAGUUGUAGUUUGUGCAGGGACUAAAAAUGCCACAAGAUUAAAAUCAGUGUAAAUAAAGCUUGACUUAUUGUGAUUGUUACUGUUAUAUCCAGCCUAUACUGCUAGCAGCUGCUCAUACUGCAGUCAAUUACUGGAAGUGGAUAUAUUUCCUAUGCAAAACUGUUUAAACAAUAAAUGAGCUAUGCUACAAAAUGC